AUGUCCAUUCAAGCGCAAAACCUCGGAAGGAAGAUCGUCGACCAGGCAUGGAUAGUCACGCCACCUGCUCGGGUUCCGCUUGUGACUCCCGGCCGCAGGAGGGAGGCACUGGCGGAGCAGCUCUUGUGGCUUCUGUCUAGAAAAACGGCGGCUCCACUGCCUGGAGAAUCAGUUUCGAGAGACCAACUGUGUCGUCAGGAGCUACCUAAAGCCUCUACGUGUGUCCAACGUAUUCCCAAAACCAACAAACACAAAGACCUUCGUGCUCCUCGUCGCCCUCGCCGCCUACGUGUCCGCCGACGGCGCCCACCACGGCUCCGACCACGGCCACGGCCACCAGGCUCACCACGCCCCCGCCGUCUCUGCCGCCCCCGCCGCCCUAAACCCGCCGCCCACCACGCCCACCAUGCCGCUCCUGCCCCUGCCGCCCCCGUGAACCACGGCUCCUACUCGCCCCCGCCGCCCCCCGCGCCCGCCCAGGACCAGCAGGGCUACUACUACUACUACUACCCCGUCCAGGACGAGAAGACCACCGGCCUCUUCGACUUCAAGAAGUACGACGUGGCCACCAUCGUCAUCGUCGGCAUCGUCGUCGUGGGCGUCGUCCUCCUCGGCCUCUCCCUCUUCACCGUCACGACCGGCCGCUCCUUCGAGCCCAUCACCAUGUCCUACGACCAGAUGUACGACGUCGCUAAGACCGUGUACGACGCCCUCCAGAAGGAGUACUAAGGCCGCUCCGCCAGGGGGCCGCCGCGACUCCGGAAACGCUUCGCAAGAUCACUUCAAGGCCGAAAAACAUCUAAAGGCGACGAUAUGUUCCGUAUGACGUCAUUCAUGCUUCUUUUUCUCUUAAGGGAGAGAAAGAAGCAGCAACAGUGAUCUUCCGAAAAAAGUGCAGCAACGGAACAAAACAAAAUCAUUUCGUGCGAAUGUGUGAAUGACCAAAAGGCAAUUGUCUGAGUACAAGGCGUGUAAAUAACGAUAUUCCCGCUCUCCCAUACCUACCGCAACAAUCACAUAUGCAAAAUGUCUUCCCGAAAGGCAGAUUAUCCCCCCCCCCCGUUACCCUCGCCCCUCCCGUUAAAAUCCGAGAUUCAGUCAAGAUGAAAGCCUCCAUCCCCCCUCCCCACAAAUCCUCCCCUCCCCCAUCUCCUCCUCCUCCACUUCCUCUUCCUCCUCUUCCCAGGCCUGCCUCUACGUAGCGGUUUCGGCCUAUAUGCUAAUGAGGGGCCGUUACCCCUCCCACUCCCUGGCUCCCUCCCU